AUGCAGCAGCUGUUUUAUGAAAACUACGAGCAGAACAAGAAAGGCUACAUCCGAGACCUGAGGAACAGCAAAAUCCACAGAGCUAUAACGCUGCACCCCAACAAGAACCCCCCGUACCAGUACAGGCUUCACAGCUACAUGUUGAGCCGCAAGAUAGCGGAGCUGCGCCACCGGACGGUGCAGCUGCACCGGGAAAUCGUCCUGAUGAGCAAGUACAGCAACACGGAGAUCCGCAAAGACGACCUGCAGCUGGGGAUGCCGCCCUCCUUCAUGCGCUUCCAGCCCCGCCACCGGGAGGAAAUCUUGGAGUGGGAGUUCCUGACGGGCAAGUAUUUGUAUUCGGGGGCCGACGGGCAGCCCCCGCGGAGAGGCAUGGACUCCUCUCAGCGGGAGGCCUUGGACGACAUCGUUAUGCAGGUCAUGGAAAUGAUCAACGCCAACGCGAAGACGCGGGGGAGGAUCAUCGACUUCAAGGAAAUCCAGUACGGCUAUCGCAGGGUAAACCCCAUGUACGGGGCAGAGUACGUGCUCGACUUGCUGCUGCUGUACAAGAAGCACAAGGGGAAGAAGAUGACGGUCCCCGUCAGGAGGCACGCGUACCUGCAGCAGACCUUCAGCAAGAUCCAGGUCAUGGAGCACGAGGAGAUGGACGCCAAGGAGCUGGCCAGCAAAAUCAACCAGGACUCGGGGUCCUUGUCCUUCCUCUCCAACUCGCUGAAGAUGUUCGUUCCCUUCCAGCUCGGCCGAUCCAAAGCGGAGAGGAAGGAGCUCAAGGACCAGAAGAUCAACAUCCUGAUUCCCCUCUCCGGCCGCUUCGACAUGUUCGCGAGGUUCAUGGGGAACUUCGAGAAGACGUGCCUCAUCCCGAACCAGAACGUCAAGCUGGUGGUGCUGCUUUUCAACUCCAACUCCAACCCCGACAAGGCCAAGCAGAUCGAGCUGAUGCGGGAUUACCGCUCCAAGUACCCCAAGGCCGACAUGCAGGUUUUACCGGUGUCGGGGGAGUUCUCCCGGGCGCUGGCUCUGGAGGUGGGCUCUUCUCAGUUCCAGAACGAAUCUCUGCUUUUCUUCUGCGACGUCGACCUCGUGUUUACCACAGAAUUCCUCCAGCGGUGCAGAGCCAACACGCGUUUGGGUCAGCAAGUCUACUUUCCCAUCAUCUUUAGCCAGUACGAUCCAAAGAUUGUUUAUAGCGGAAAGGUUCCCAGUGACAAUCAUUUUGCCUUCACCCAGAAAACGGGCUUCUGGAGGAACUACGGCUUCGGCAUCACCUGCAUUUACAAAGGUGACCUGAUCCGCGCCGGCGGCUUCGACGUCUCCAUCCAAGGCUGGGGCCUCGAAGACGUGGACCUGUUUAACAAAGUCAUUCAGGCCGGCCUAAAAACUUUCCGAAGCCAAGAGAUUGGCGUGGUCCACGUGCACCACCCCGUUUUCUGUGACCCCAAUCUCGAUCCAAAACAGUACAAAAUGUGCUUGGGCUCCAAAGCUUCCACGUAUGGGUCCACGCAGCAGCUGGCCGAAAUAUGGUUUGAGAAAAAUGACCCGAAUUUUGGGAAGAGCAGCAAUACAAACGGCUCAGUGAGGACAGCCUAAUGUCCAGCUAUGCUGGCAAAGACUUUUUUUUUAAUUAUCUAAUUUAUUUUUUGGGAAAACGUUUUUUGAUAAUUCACUUUUCAAAGACCACACAGGAUAUAUUUUAGAA